AUGGCUACCUGGAGGGAAAAGGACCUGGAAAAGGACCUGGAAAAGGCCGAGAAAGGGUGGGCCAUUGCCAAGAAGUUCUCUCGCGAAAGGUUGGAGCGGGUGAACUCGUGGGACGGCGGGCGGCUUGAGAAGGCGGUCGAGGAACGCUACCUGGUGCUGGAGACGGUGUGCCUCUUCAUCCACGCGAACAUCAAGUGCGGCCAGUACAGGAUUCCGUCCCGGUUUUGGCGGGAGCUGCUUACCGAGCAUGGCAUCGUGGUGUAUCCUUCGGCCAUGACCGAGGACAUUGACGUCCACGGGAUGGGGCUUGAUAUGACCUUUACCGAGGCCUACAGCGGACACAUAGAAAUGUUUGACCGGUGUUCCGAGGCUUCCCAUUCGCCGCCGUGUCCUAUGAAGUACUUCCGAGAACCUCCGCCAGAAUACCAGAAAUGA